AUGUUAGCGGAAUCUAAUAAGAACCUUAGUCAGCAGAAAACAUUUCAGUGUUACAUAUGCAAGAAGUCAUUCUUUUUGAAGGAGAACCGGCGUGAACACGUGAGAUUGUUUCACUCAAUCUAUAUGUCGAGUAUAUGCAAUGCGCGUUACACGACCAUGAAAAAGUUAUUAAGUCAUUACAUACGUCAACAUAUAGUGUUUAAACUAAAGAAAUGUUGCGUGUGUUACGAAAAUUUCAACUCGUUAGCCUUAUUGAAGCGACACAUAAUCUUGCAUUGUGUGAAAACUGUAAGGUCCAGUAAGGACACUCUGCCUGUCAACGUUGAAAUAAACUGCAAUGUGUUUAAGAAACGACACAAAUGCAAAGGUUGCCACAAACGAUUUUGGCUGAAAUCGUGUUUGGAGCAACACGGGAAAGUGUGUGGUCGACUGAAGUGCAUAAUACGUGAUAAACAGGACACAUCUCGCGUAGAACUUAAUUCUUCUCCUGAAAAAUCGAGUAAUGAAAAAAUCGGCAGAGUAGAAACACCUGAGUUAGAAAACAUGUUGACUGCUCUAAAUGGGGCAGCAACUUCGAAAAAUUCGGCCUCAAGUAUGCCUGUUUCAGAAAGCGAUAAUUAUCUUUGCUCGAUCCAAACAAGGAUGUUUAAUGGGAUUGCACGCGUGAAGGGCUACGAAAUUGCUAACGUGGAGAAAACGAAGUUCCCUUGCACAAUUUGUGGAAUACAGUUCCAGAUAUUCCAGAAUUUGUGCAUACACGAACGUACCUAUUGCCAACCAGCCACUAACAAAUGUAACUAUUGCAGUACAGCAUUUUCCACUAAAAGAUUAUUGCAACGACACGUACUUGCUACUCAUACACCAUCGUAUAAGAAGGACUUUAUGUUAUUUUGCAAAUUUUGUAAUCAAGGAUUCCGUAGUAAAAAGAAUCUUCGAAUGCAUGUAGGACACUUCCAUAAUAAACAGGAUGUUAUACCAGCGCUAAACCAUAAUUCAGAAGAUAAACCGAUCUGUAAUAUGUCACUUGCUCUUCGACUCAUACGAACACUUUAUUGA